AUGCUCAGGACGCUUCAAAGGGUAUUGAGAGCGCAAAUUCGAAAUGUUGCCACCGCAAAGGAGACAGCAGUGUCUCUGUCGUCAAAAUCCGAGAUCACUAGCGAACUAUUCGAUGAUGUGCUAAAUCGAGUGAAUCAGCAUGAUAGGACAAUUGAAAAGAUCCUUAUCACCUUUCAAGACAAGAAUGGGGAUAAGAAAGAGUUUUUAAUGAAUAAAAAUAUUUCCACGCCUUAUCACUGCCUUAAACAUGUAAAUAUGCUACUCGCAAAAAAAGCUGUUCUGGCGAUUGUUUCCUAUCCAAACAAAGACGCUCAAAUAGAAAGCAUGAAUGAACCAUUCCUUGAUGAGUGCCAAUUCGAAGUUGCCGACUUCCAAACGGAGCAAUAUGCUCAACUUGUGAAUCAGACAUAUUGGCGUUCGUGCAGUAUUCUACUGGCAGCGGCCCUGAAGAAGGGUUUGAAAGAUAAUAUAGCGAUUUCAAGGCUGCAUGCCGAAGUGCCUCAAUCAUUUUUUGCUGCGGACAUCGAAAAUUUGACAAGUGAACUUUCGCCGACUGAUCUAAUCGAUUUAUCUAUAUUUAUCCGUGAAGAUUUCAUCGGGCAGAAUAUUCCAUUUGAAACGGUAACGCUACCAUCGGACAUGGCUGCUGAUUAUGGUUUUGAUUCCAGCCUGCGUUUGUGUCGGUUGCGUGACUAUGUAACAGCAGUUGAUGGCCCUGUGAUUUCUCGAUCGGACCAAAUUGGCCGGUUUAGAAUUGUAAAGGCUGUAUCGAAAGAAGGUUUCACUCGUGUGGGAGGCGUUUCACUGCCAUCAGCGUUGAAGUGUUCGUCGUUCGCAUGGGAAGCGAUAGUGGAGAAUGCUAGCGAUAAGAUAACGUGA